AUGGAAUCAACAUUAACAGGAGAGGAAAUAGUGAUAUCCGGUAUAGCUGGAAGAUUUCCUAACAGUGAUAAUAUUAACGAAUUGCAGAAUAAUCUUUUCAACAAAAUAGACUGUGUUAGUGACUCCAAAAAUCGAUGGGACUUUGAACAUCCUCAAAUUCCUGAGCGUAUUGGUACGAUGAAAAAUAUUAACAAAUACGAUCGCGUAUUUUUUGGAGUUCAUGGCAAAAUGAUAAAUAGUAUGGAUCCUAUGAUAAGAAUAAUAACUGAAAUUGCCUACGAAGCAAUCGCGGAUGCUGGUAUUAAUCCAAAAAGUUUGAAAGGAAGUAAUUCGGCUGUAAUUACUGGAAGCAGUUUUUCAGAAUCAGAAAAUGCAACUUUUUACGAAAAACUUUUGCUAAAUGGAUACGGCAUAAUAGGAACCAGUCAUGCUAUGUUGGCAAACAGAAUUUCGUUUUUUCUCGGCCUUACUGGACCAAGUGUUAAUCUUGAUACAAAUUGUUGUGCGAGUGCUACUGCCUUGCAGGAAGGAGUCAUGGCAUUAAAAUCUGGACGUGCCGAAAAUGCCAUUAUAGGGGCCAGUAAUGUUAUUUUACAUCCACAAAUGUCACUACAAUUAUUUUUACUAGGACUUUUAUCCCCUGAUGGAAUCACAAAAUCAUUCGACAAUGAAGCUAAUGGUUAUACUCGCAGCGAAGGAACUGUAGUUCUAUUCCUUCAAAAAGCUCGUGAUGCUAAACGUAUUUAUGCAGAAGUAAAAAAUGUUGAAUGUUCCUUUGCAAAAGCUAUUAAUGAUAAGCUUCUUUUUUAUCCUACACACGAUUCUCAAACAGAUCUCAUGAGAAAAACCUUAAAAGAUUGUGAUCUUUCUGGUAGAGAUAUUUCUUAUGUCGAAGCUGAUGGUUCUGGCAUAAAAGAUAUUGAUGCUGAAGAAGUAAGAGCUAUUAAUGAAGUUUAUAAUGAGGAAAGAAACUCGCCUCUUCUUCUUGGAUCUAUUAAAUCAAAUAUUGGAUGUUGUUUAGCUGUGAAUCCACUUAAUGGAAUUAUUAAGGUUAUAACAGCAAUGGAAUCUGGGCACAUUCCACCGAAUCUUCAUUUUAAAACACCAUCUGACAAAAUCCCUGCUCUUACAGAAGGUAGAUGCAAAGUUGUAACGGAAUCAACUCCCUGGAAUGGGGACUAUGCAGUGAUUAAUAAUUUUACAUUCGGUGGUGUAUGUUCUAACAUUGUAUUGAAGAAAUUCAAAAACGAAAAGAAAAAUAACGGAAAACCUGACGAUAGACAGCCCAGAUUAGUCACAGUAUCAGGAUGUACGGAAAAAGCUGUUAACUUUCUCCUAAGCGAUUUGGAAAGUCGACCUGUGGAUGUAGAAAUGCUUCAACUUGUGUACGAUGUAUUUGAAACUGAAACUCCAUCUCACUUAUAUCGAGGUUAUACAUUAUUGCCUUCAAGUGGAUUGCUGACAAUAAAAACAAGAAAUAUUCAAAAUUUCCCAGGUGUUAAGAGAGAAAUUUGGUACAUGUUUUCUGGCAUGGGUUCUCAAUGGGUGGGAAUGGGCAAAGCUCUUUUACAAAUACCAGUUUUUGCAGAAGCCAUAAAGAAAUGCGACAAAGUUCUUAAGCCUCACGGUAUCGACAUUGUACGUAUCAUUACAGACAAUGAUCCAAAAAUCUUUGACAAUAUUGUUCAUUCUUUUGUUGGAAUUGCUGCUAUUCAGAUUGGUCUAGUAGAUGUCUUAGACUCAGUGGGACUGAAACCCGAUUUCUUAAUUGGGCAUUCAGUGGGAGAAUUAGGAUGUGCUUACGCUGAUGGGUGUUUUACAGCAGAACAAAUGGUUCUUGCUGCAUUAAGUAGAGGAUUGGCAUCAGUAGAAACGGAAAUGCCAAGAGGUUCUAUGGCAGCAGUUGGUCUAGGUUACGAAGAAAUAAAAAAUCUCUGCCCACCAGAUAUUGAUGUAGCGUGCCACAACAGUUCAAGCAGUUCCACUAUCAGUGGUCCUGCAGAUUCUAUGAAAACCUUCGUAAAACAAUUACAAGAGAAGAAAAUUUUUGCUAAAGAAGUGGCAUGCAGUAACAUAGCCUACCACAGCCGGUACAUUGCUCCAGCGGGUGAAAAAUUAAAAAAAUACCUUCAGGAGGUAAUCCCUAAUCCCAAACGUAGAAGUAAUCGAUGGGUGAGCAGUUCAGUUCCGCGCGAUGAAUGGGAUUCAGCAAGAGCUCAUCUAUCAUCUGCAGAAUAUCACACAAAUAACCUUUUAAAUCCUGUUCUCUUUGCCGAAACUGCAAAGUCUAUUUCACCGAAUGCAGUUGUUAUCGAAAUAGCCCCGCAGGGUCUUAUGCAAGCUAUUGUUAAACGAUCAUUUCCCAAAAGCGUUAUCAAUAUACCAUUGACCAAAAGAGAUUACCCAGAAAAUGUUUCAUUUCUUUUUGAAGCAAUAGGUAAACUGUAUAAUACUGGUUGCAAUAUCAAAAUCUCAAAUCUUUAUCCUAAAGUAAGCUAUCCUGUAUCACGAGGAACUCCAUCAAUUUCGCCCCUAAUUCAAUGGGACCACUCAGUUAAUUGGAAGACUAGCGCAAACAACUUAAUGCAUCAAGAAAAAGCAGGAUACAAAGAAUUCACAGUAAAUUUAAAUGAUGAGAAGUGGAAAUUUUUAAAUCACGCCAGGAUUGAAGGCAAAAUAGUAAUACCAAUAACUCUGUACUUAAAACUCGCAUGGAGUGUUUUAAAAUUGUCACUUAAGAAUUCUGAAUACUCACUAGUUUAUCACAAUGUACAAAUUCAUAAGCAACAAGUAGAAAUACCUAGCAACAAAAGUGUGAACUUAGUAGCAAUGGUUCAAACAGGUUCCGGUUACUUUCAAGUAACAAAUAACGAAAAUUUGCUAUGCUCUGGAAUAUUGCAAGUAACCUCUGAAGAGAAUCGUAUACAAUUUAAUAAGGAUGAUAAAAUUUAUCAAGGUCUAAGUGAAAAUGAAAUUUAUGUUGAAUUACAAAUGCGAGGUUUGCAAUAUUCAGGUCCGUUUAGAAGUAUUCAUAAAUCAUCAAUCAAUGGUAGAAAUGGAAAUAUAUUUUGGCAAGACAAUUGGACAACAUUUUUAGAUGGUAUGAUUCAGAUGUUUGUCCUUGGAAACGAUACGAAAAAUGCACAAGUUCUAAUUAAAAUUAGAAACAUUUUUAUUGAUACGAAGGUACAUAAAGAAAUAACUACAAAAACCAAUGGUGGGUACUGCAGUUUGAAUAAAAACAAAAAAUUAAUGCAUAGAGGAUUGGGAAAUAUUAGCGCAGGAGGAGUUCAAAUGGAAGGAGUUGUUCUGGAAUCUAUUCUAAACGAAUCUUGGAGACAGAAUAUUGUUAUUGAAGAAAUUUUACCUGAUACAAUGUUGGGCACAUACAAACAUUCACCAAUUUACUCUAAGCUUAAACAAGUGUCUAAUUGGAAAGCAGAGCAGCUAAAAUCCUCAGAUUUAAAUUCAAUUUCCUGGAUUGAGGAACUCCCAACAAAGGUUGAAAACAAAGUCAAGGUCGAAUACUCUUCGGUUAAUGAAGAUGAUAUUCUACCUACAGAGAGUGAAACAUCAUUAGAAGACUAUGGAAAAAAUAGAUUCGAUAUGAAAUUAUUUGGUCAAGAAUAUUCUGGAAUUAAUGCACAAGGAAGUAGAGUAAUGGGAAUUGUUCCAAACAAUGCAUUUGCAAAUUACACAAUACCUGAUAAUGAUUUAACCUGGAAAAUACCUAACAAUUGGUCCUUGGAAGAUGCUGUGACUGUACCUUUAGCAUACGCAACUGCAUAUUUGGCUUUGAUGAUAAAGGGCAAACUAGAUAUUAAUAAAUCCGUUUUUGUUUACGACGGCGCUUGUUCUAUUGGACAAGCAAUAAUUAAUCUAGCAUUAGAUGUUAAAUCAAAAAUAUUCAUUGGAUAUAAUAGUCAUGACGAUAAAAAUUUCCUGAAACAAUAUUAUCCAAAUAUUCUUGAUAACCACUUUAUUGAAAUUAAUAAAGGUUUUAGAAAUCAAAUAUUUACACAAACUGAACUAAAGGGAGUUGACCUAGUUAUAUACAAUGAAGAUAAUUUAAGUAACCUAGACGAGUGGUUUCUGUAUGUGAGAAGAAGUGCAAAAUUCAUUGUCAUUGGAAAUUUACAAAAAUCGAGUAAUACCUCAAUAGGUAUGUCGCUUUUUAGAAAGCAUGUUACCAUGUCAUCAGUCAUUCCGAAAAAUAUUAUAAAACUAGAUCUAGAAACAAAACUAAAAUUGUCAGAAAUGAUGAAAGAGGGAAUAUCGUCGCAAAUUGUAAAACCACUGCCAAAACGCGUUUACUCUAGGCUAAUGUUAAAAGAUGCUUUUAUUGGCAGAGCUUCAAAGGAUAUUUCGCACAAAAUAAUUGUCAAAGUACAACCGGAUGAUGAAGGAAAAACAGCAUCGGCAGUACCUCGCUUCUUCUGUAGAACCAAGGGAUCUUAUCUAAUACUGAAUGGAUUGAAUUACUUUGGUCUAAAUCUAAUUGAAUUGUUAGUUGCUAGAGGUGCUGAAAAUAUUCUGAUAGCUAUCGAAUCAAACAAUACGAAUGCUUUUCUAGACCAUAGAUUAAAUGUAUGGAGAAAACGUGGAGUAGUAAUUACAAUUCUUGAAGGAUUGGACUUUACGGAUUAUCAAAGUGGGAAUGCCCAUCUUAAAGAAAUUGGUACAGUGGAUGCAAUUUUCGAUCUUCAACGCCUAGACAAUUCAUCAGAAAGGUCCUCCAAUUCGAAGUACUUGUUCACCAAACAUCUCUUUGAAGAAUCUAAGCAAAUGUGCCCUAAUUUACGCCAUUUUGUUGUCUUUUUAACAAGCAACCAUAUUGGAGAAAGCAUUGGCGAUACUUUGUUAGGAGAAAUUGAUUUGACGCAACUUUUCCAAUCAAAAGGAGUCGCGGGACUUUUGAUUCUUCUGGGACCCGUUACCGGAAUUGCGGAAGAAACAACUGAAAACGAAGGAAAUGAACCUCUAUUGUCUAUUCCUGGUAUUAUAGAACAAAUUGAUAUUUUACUUGCAUCAAAUGCGACUAUUGUAUCAGUUUCAAAGUUAGAUGACAAUUCCAAAAAGAUGGAAAAAGAAAAUGUUGAAAUAGAAUCAGAAAGGUCGAAGUUUGAAAACUAUAUUAAUAGCUGUUAAACUCGAGACGAGAUCAUGGACGAAAAUAAAUUUAUGUUCUAUCCAAUAAAGUUUAUUUUAUUAAAUUGUUAAACCUGAUAAUUUUACAAAAUGUUAUUUCGAAAAUCGUCAGGUUUAACAUCGUAAACUUUAAUGCUAUGAUUGUUUUGGGCACUAGAUCAAUUAAAACUCCUAUGCUCGAAUUUCACUCAAUAAUAGAAAACCGUAUACAAAAAUCUAAGAAGCAAAACAAUGAACACCUAAACCAGUUUGUAAUUUUAGGGAAUGCUCUUAUUUCUUAUCGCUUGAGGAGAAAAUACAUAAAUAAAUAUAAGCAGGAAAAAAAGGAGGACUAGAGUUUUCGCAUGUGCGAAUGGAGGUACCAUACGGGAAUUGAUUUCUAUAAUCUAAUCAGUGAAGCGGACGUUCUCUUCUCUUCCUGGAAACCGGGUCGUCGCGCGCGGUAUUAUACGCAGAAAACUAAGACACAAGAGAGGGUCUCGUGGGCGAGGAAUUGAGCUAAAAAAAGGACAAGUACGAAAAAGCAAAAAGUUGAAAGAAACUAAAGGGAUCCAAGGCGACGAGAGGUCAGAGGAGAUACAAGACGCGACUGUGAGUGGGACUCGCACAUAGGUAACUUAACUUACCCCGCACGAUUCACCGCAUGAAAUAUCGCGAACACUGUUUCAACUUCAGCCUAAGCGAUGUAUUUCCAGCAACAUCACUUGAUCUAAUUUGUUACACUUUUCAACUAAUUUAUUACAACAGUCUUGCACCUUAACGAAUUAAUGUUCUGUGUACUCUUUUCUCUCUCUUUUAUGAGAGAGAGCAAUGAAUGUGUAUUUUUGAUCGUUUUUAUCGCCUUGUUCACCGUCAAAAUUCAACUAUGAAAUCGUCUCCAUUCUGAUAAAUUGUAAAUCACAGGCUUCACACUCAAUAGUUACUUUUAUAAAAGUAGCAAAAAGUAGCUAUUGAAAAAUUAAA